AUGGCUAUGGAUAAGAUCAAGUCCCUAAUGCUCUCCGUUGCAGUGGCCACUGCCCUGGAGGCGGGGGCCAUCUCGCCGAGAGCUACGCCCACUCAGCCCGACUGGUUCCAAACAUCGCCUGAUCUCUAUGCAGGCACAGUGGCAACCGGUGCUGCUCCAUUUCUAGCAGAGAUCAACCCGGCGCCUUUCGGCGAGGCUACCUACGUCCACAAUGCUCCAUUGGAAACAUCGGAGCCGAUAAAGGGUGCUCAUGGACGGAACAUCUUUCACCUGAUGGGUGAUCUAAGUCCAUAUUUUUCGCCGGAGGAGGGCUUUUGUGUUGAUGAGUAUCCUCUGCCUAGGGGUGCUAAUAUCACGCAAAUGCAUUUGCUUCAGCGUCACGGUGCCAGAUAUCCCUCUUCAUCAGAAGGACUGGAUUCAUGGGGCGCUGGUAUUGUCAAUGCCACUGCCAAGGGUACUGUUUUCCAAGGAGAGCUGGAGUUCUUGAAUGAUUGGUCCUACAAGCUGGGCAAGGAGAUCCUUGUUCCCAAAGGCCGUCAAGAGCUGUUUGAUUCUGGUAUUCUAAACUUCUACAACUAUGGCCAUCUCUGGGAUAACUCGUCCAAAAUCGUGGUACGCACCACCCUGCAGUCUCGUAUGCUUGAGAGCUGCGAGAAUUUCUUGGCUGGUUUCUUCGGGCUGAACUGGAGAAACCAUGCCAACAUCCUGGCCACCAUCGACCCAGCUACCACCGGCGAGUUCUCUUGCACCAAAGAGGGGGAGACCAUAGCGGACACAAUCGAGAUUCCCGUGGGCACUUGGAUGGCCACCUACCUCAAGGAGCGAACUGCCGAGCUGAAGCGUCUGGCAGGCAACUACACCUGGACUGUCACCGAUACCUACCACGCUCAGUCUCUCUGUUCCUACGAGACCAUCAGUCUCGGCUAUAGUGACUUCUGUCGGCUCUUUACCUACGAGGACUGGGUGAACUAUGCGUACCUGAUGGACAUCGAGUUUGCGGGGUAUUCUGGCUUCCACAGUCCCACUGGUCGGGCCCAGGGCAGCGCCUGGGUGGAAGAGUUCUUAGCACGCAUCGAAGGUCACUUACUCGACGUACCCGCCAAUACCACUGGAGCUAACAUGACUCUGGACACAAACCCUGUCACUUUUCCCCUCGACCAAAAGCUGUACUUGGAGUUCACCCAUGACGCCAACAUUGUCUCUGUUUUGACUGCUUUUGGGUUGACGCAGUUUGCCGAUCCGCUUCCCCUUAGGUCUUGCGCGUUCUAUAUGUGCUCAUACAGCAAUGAGUCGUGA